UGAGGCGCGUAUCCAGGCCAUUAUUAGUUUUCACGGCAACGUUCUUGGGCAGAGGGUCACCAAAACGGAAGCAAGAACCAUGUCUUUGACUGAGGAGCAGUAUUUGCAGACGACUCCUUAUUGGUGCCUCGGGCAUCAAGAGUGCUGGCGACAGAUGGUGCAGAAGUGGUGCUCCGACGAGUGGGAGGAGUCACACAACGCUUGUCGGGAGCGACGUUUGUUGAUGCCAGGUGCAACACACCAUCAAGGCAGUCGCAGCCUCAGCGGAUACGCAGAAGCAUGGUCGUCGUCACAUGGUGGUCAGCCUUGCGGCCUCUUGAAGGCAUAUGCUAUGUCCCAUAAGGGCAAGGCGACGUCUGACGUCGACUACAAUCCGGAGGACGGGCCCGAGGGAGGUCCAUGGUCCAGAGUUUGA